AUGGCAAAAGAACCAAGCAACACCGUUUCUAAUAUACCUCCCGAGAUAUGGCAAGUUAUCUUCUCUCAUCUCUCCGCCAGAAACAACUACGAAUGUCAGCGCGUAUGCAAAUCAUGGUAUUUACCAGCUAGAAGAGCUUUUUUGGACCAUGUUGUCUUGAAGAGUCGAUACGAUUUGGAAGAGUUUCUGCGCUGCUUUACGGAUGACAACACAUUCAGUGAGUCGGUCAAGAAAUUUACCAUUGGGUACGCCUAUACAAUGCCGAGUCGAGCUGGAUUACUGCUGCAAAGCGAAGCCAUCCAUACGCUGAUUGACCGGUUUCCCAAGGUACAAGAAUUGACAGUAUCUGUCAACUGCAUCGACUUGGAGAACUUCACGCAGCCUCACAUCAUGUCAGCCAUACUGCAGAAAUGGACCUCCCUCAGUGUGUUUAGAGUCAAUCAGAUUCUACUGUCAACAGAGAAGAUCAGAAUCUACCUGCAGACCAUGUACCAUUUGCGACAGCGCAUGACGGAACUCGCCUUGUAUGAUCAUGACUAUGUGACAAAGGAAAUGGGUGGCGCAAGUCAGUUUGUGUCUAUGUUUCCUCAAUUGAGGCACCUCAAGAUCAUACCACAGCAGGGAAACAUUGACAGCUUUUCGGAUUGCUUGCCUAUACUAGAGCAUUGUGGACAGCAUUUGGAAUCACUGGAUCUGCAUAGCAAAAAGGAGGACGAGGAUCAAGGGCUGCUAAUGAGGGACAGAUCAGCGGAGGAGAAGCAAAAGCUGGCACGCAUCAAAAUGCUCAAGUUGACCAUGACCAGUUUUUGUACCAAUACGGUACACUUUAUCAUACAAAAUCUGGUGGGAUUGGAAAAGAUGACAGUGGGAUUUGUGUACGCUAAUCUCAGCGACUGGACAGAGAACCAAAAGACAGUGUUCACCAGCGAUUUCCUGAGCUAUCUGUGUACACGACAUGAAUACUUUCUCAGGCCAUUGACCAUCAAUUACAAAGAAGACGACGCCUAUCUGGUGCAUAUACUGUCGAGGCACACUACAGCCAACAGCACCGAGAAGGUUGAUUUACACACUCGUCUGGUCUUGUACAACAACAACACGCAAUUUGGCUACGACUACAACAAUGCUAUUGCCAAUUCCUCCAAAUUCUCUUUGCAAUUACUGUCGAGCAAGCUUCAGUAUGGGAAACUGCAGCGUACGUCGUAUUUUACGCAUUUUUACACAGGGAAUAAUGCACGGGAUAUACUGGAUACGUUCAAGGUGGCGACGUCUAUCAAGCAAGCUACGAGUUUGACGUUGGAUCUGGGUGGCAUGUGCAUAUUUCUCGACUCGAUACCUCGUCUUGUCUAUCAGUUUCUGAAGAUGGUACCUCACGUCAGCCAAUUGUCCAUCGUGUGGCCACGAAGCUAUUCUGAAAACAACUCGUUUGUGUGGCCUGAAGACACAGUACAGUAUCCUCAUGUGAUCUCUCUGGAGCUUGCCGCGGGUCUUGCGUCUUGGGUGGACAUAUCCAUGCUACCACUGGUCUCUAGCAUGUUUCCAGCGUUGUCGUAUCUCUCCAUGCAGCUAUUCAGCGGCUACUGGCACGAGGCAAGUCAAGCAUUUGUCAUCAACCUACCGCAGAGUAAACUGACACGGUUGCAUUUGGAUGUGACCCCAGUGAGAAUACAAUCAGGCAAUGUGCUCAAAGAACAGAUUACGUUUGCGGAGGCCUUUUUUGUCCUCAAAGUGACCCAAUUACUGGACAAUACCACCACAAACGAGUCUUGUUAUCGUGUUUCUUUGAAUUACUUGGAGGUCACUUGCAUUGGUCGUUUGGAGGAGCAGGCGCAGAUGGGAGAACAUUUGACUGUACACAUCAUUAUAAAGGAUAUCCAAUACUUGAAUCUCUAUCUGUCUCAGGAAAUCUACGAGCAGCAACAAGAAAAGCCCAUUUUACUAUCCAUGGAUCCCCAAAAGAAGGUUCAAACAUCCAUUUCCUUUUUGUAA